GAGCAUUAUAGAGAGGAAUGUGUGGGGAGAGAGAGAAGAGGGAGCGAGAGAAUGGAUGUGAAGAAAAUUGUGGUUGCUGUCGAAGAUGUGGAUGCAGCUAGAACUGCUCUACAAUGGGCUCUUAGAAACAUCAUUCGCUAUGGUGACAUAAUCACCCUUCUCCAUGUCUAUCAUCACUCCACAAGAUCAAAAAGCAAAGCACGUCUUCUACGCCUAAAUGGCUUCAAAUUAGCCCUCUCCUUUCAAGACAUGUGCAACAACUACCCCAACACAAAGGUUGAAAUUAUUGUCACGGAAGGGGACCAAGAAGGAGCCAAGAUCGCAGCCACGGUGCGAGAGAUUGGAGCUUCCAUGCUUGUGGUUGGACUCCAUGAUAGUAGUUUUCUAUACAAAUUGACAAUGGCCCAUUCCCAUAAUAGCAUAGGCAGCAUUUUCAACUGCAGAGUAUUUGCAAUCAAGCAGCCUCAUGUGUCACCAGUGAGGCCCAUGAUAUCUGCAGUGUCUGUGCUAGACAGUUCAACCAACAUGGAUUUUUCUCAAAUUGAUCUUUCUAGAUUACAAGUCCCUCGUACCCCUCCACAAAAAAUUCCAUACCGAAUCUGUCCUAACCCAUCUGCAAUUAUUUGGAGAUCAAGGAAGUCUAGGAGAAGGUGAAGGAAACAAUUUCGUACAGAAAAUCUUUUCGAUUAAAGUAGUCCCAAAAGUAAUUUGGGUUCCUUUAUUUAUUUCUUUCUUCUGCUUUCUGAUUUCCUAUCAUUUAUGUUCACCUGCCACACGUACACCAACAAAAGAGUGCUGCGCAAUUGUACAUUAUUGUGAUGGUAUAAAGGAUCUUGUGAUGUAAACAUUACCUUGCUUCAGAUUCGAAGAGUGGAUUAUAUUUUUUUUGUUCGAUUUAUUUA